AUGAAGGGCGACGACAUCGUUAUCUCCGGCUUCUCGGCCUACUUUCCGCAAGCGGAUCACCUGGUCGAGUUCAAGCAAAAGCUCUAUGCGGGUGUGGAAAUGGUCACAGAGGAUGACUUGCGAUGGCCUCCAGGAUACAACGGCAUGCCGAGGGUUCACGGAAAAAUAAAAGACCUGUCCCGCUUCGAUGCACAGUUCUUCAAUACGCACCCCAAGCAGGCUCAUGUGCUGGACCCCCAGUUGCGAUUGCUGUUAGAGACUUCGUACGAGUCCAUUCUGGAUGCCGGUUACGACCCGGACACAUUACGGAAGCGCAACAUUGGUGUCUUCAUAGGAAAUUCGGCGUCGGAGUCGGGCGAGGCAUUCAAACUGGACCGCACCAAAAUGGAUGGCUACGUCAUACUGGGAUCUCACAGGGCUAUGUUUUCCAACCGCAUUUCCUACUCCCUCGACCUGCAAGGACCUAGCAUGACUAUCGACACGGCCUGCUCGUCCACAAUGGUCGCCCUGAGCGAAGCCGUGCUGGCGAUUCGAUCGGGACGCUGCGAAGCCGCCAUCGUGGGAGGAGCUAGCGUCACCCUAGAUCCCCAUCUUAUGACAAACUUCAACCUGCUGGGUGUCCUCUCCAAAGAUGGAAAAUGCAGGCCAUUCGAUUCGAAAAGCAAUGGCUACGUUCGCAGUGAAACUGUGGGCGCAUUCUUCGUUCAAAGAUAUUCUGACGCCCGGCGUGUAUACGCCAGGGUUAUCAACGCCAACGCGAAUGCAGAUGGAUUCAAGGAAGAAGGCGUUCCAUUUCCGUCGGUUGUCGGGCACGAGAAGCUCCUGCGUGACGCAUACGCUGAGGCCAACGUGGACCCGACGAAAGUCGUUUACGUCGAGGCGCACGGAACCGGAACCAAGGCUGGAGGCAUCCAGGAAUUGGAGGCAAUCAGCAACGUCAUUUGCUCACCCAGGCGCGAGAAACCGCUUUUGAUCGGAUCUGUAAAAAGCAACAUGGGGCACUCCGAGAGCGCCUCUGGUGUCCCUGCUGUAGCCAAAGUAAUACUCGCCAUGGAGACGGGAACGAUUGCAGCCAAUAUAAACUUUGAUGAGCCUGACCCGGCCAUGCGCUCAUUGGUCGAUGGCCGCGUGAAAGUAGUGGACAGGGCGAUGCCAUUCGAAGGGGGCUUGGUAGGAAUCUGCUCCCAGGGCAUCGGUGGUGCAAACGCGCACGCUAUCUUGGAAUCCAACCCAAGCCCGCAUGUGGAAAGCCUUCCGCGUCAGAAGCCAGAUCUCCCGAGGCUUCUCCUAAUGUCCGGAAGGAGCAAGGACGCACUAAUGCGCACACUGGAGCGAGUAGAAGCCGAGGGACCGUACCCGGACUCCGGUUACGCCCUGCUGAACCGAAUCGGGCAGCGCAGCGUUAAGCAGUUCCCGUAUCGAGGAUAUACCAUCGUGCCCGUGGACGUCACUAACAGGGAGGUGGUGAAGGUAGUGGAACGGGCUUCGCCACAAAACCGACCCAUCUGGUUCGUCUUCACGGGCGUCGGCUGCCAGUGGAAUGGCAUGGGGCGCCAGAUGAUGCAGUUUGUCCCGUUCGCCGAAUCCAUUCUCAAGUCUCACGCAUUCAUGAAGGAGAAAGUCGGAGAGGACUUGAUGGAUAUGCUCGUCUCCGACGAGCCCCGGUCUAAAACAAUUAAGGGAUAUUUUGCCUCCAUUGUAGCUGUCCAGGUGGCGCUGGUAGACAUGCUUCAAGCUGUGGGGAUUCAACCUGAUGGCAUGUUGGGUCAUUCUGCCGGCGAGGUUAGCUGUGGUUAUGCGGACGGAUGCUUUACCGCUGAGCAGGCCUUGCUUGCAGCUUACUGGCGAGGCCGCUGCUUAGAAAUGGGCUAUGCGUUCGAUGGUGCCAUGGCUGCAGUAGGGCUCACGUGGGAAGAAGCCCAACGGCGAUGUCCCCCUGACGUGUACCCUGCGUGCCACAACGCGGAAGAUUCUGUCACUGUUUCCGGCACAGACGAAGCAGUAGAAAAGAUGGUGGCGCAGCUUCAAGCCGAGGGCAUUUUCGCCCGCAAGGUGGAUAGCAUGGGGGUCGCUUUUCACACAAAGCAAGUCCACAGCAUCGGUCCUUCCUUUCGAGAAGCCCUUGAAAAGAUCAUACCCCAGCCAAAGGCACGCAGCAGGCGCUGGAUCAGCACAUCAGCGCCGGAGAACCGUUGGGAAGAACCUGGCGCGCGGCUGUGCUCUGCUGAGUACCACACCAACAACUUCACAAAUCCAGUACUCUUCUGCGAGGCACUCACGCAUGUACCUAAGGACGCCAUCUUAUUAGAGAUCGGACCACACUGCCUUUUGCAGGCAAUCCUGCGCAGAGCUGUAGGCCCCGAUGCCAGCUGCUUCGGUCUCAUGAAGCGCCACGCGGACAAUGUGGAGUAUUUUCUGAGCUCGCUGGGAAAACUUCAUACUCUCGGAGUCGAAAUGGACGUGUCGGUGCUAUACCCUCCAGUUCCGUGGCCCGUGCCCCGCGGUACACCAAACAUCGGCCACUUGGUCGGCUGGGACCAUUCUCAGACAUGGGAUGUUGCUCACUGGAAAGAUUUUCCUUCGCCGGAAGAGGUGUUUGCAUUCGCAAACAGGUGCGUCCGUUUCCAGAUCACUAUGAUGCCCAUCUCUGGCGAGUUCGAAGUGUGUGAAGGCCGAGCUGUGGUCUGCAAAGGUCGCAUCCGCGUAGCUGAAGAUGGUGAGACGGUGCUACAGAAGGACCCUCCCGGAACGCCUGCUGAAACCGUUGAGUUCGAUAUGGACUGUGCGGAGAUUUACAAGGAGCUGAAGCUCCGCGGAUACCAGUACUACGGAGCUUUCCAAGGUGCCCUCAAGGCCGCCUCACAGAAACCAUACGCGAAGCUGAAAUGGGAGGACAACUGGGUGGCCUUCUUGGACUCAAUGGUGCACAUGAGCUUCAUCUGGAAGACAAAAAGAGAAUUUUUGCUGCCACUCGCAAUACAGUCCAUUCGUAUCGACCCCAUGAUUCAUGCAAGAAUCACCCAAAUGGUCGGAGACGAAGGAGUGGACCUCCUGUAUAACUCCCACUACAACUUGCGGCAGGCUGGUGGCGUCGAAGUACAAGGCGUCAAAGUCAACACCGUGCAACGGCGGCCGAUGCUUCAGACGCCAAUCGUAGAAGAGCACCGCUUUGUCCCCUAUUUCGAUAACGAAAUCGCCAGCCACGAACGCGAGAAUGUCUUGCGAGAGUAUGCAGACGUAUGCAACUGCAUCAGCCGGCGCGUCCUGGAGCUCACCAAAGAAGACCAAAGCCAUCCUGAGACAAGUUUAACCAGCUCUGCGGUAGUACCAGAAGAACUGCUCUACCAAUAUGUUAAGAACAUUGCACCUAAUCAAAGCUUGCUCCAGCUACUCCUUACUAUCCUGAAACAAGCAAAUGACACGGCAGCACUGGCUUCCACUGUCAAAUCAGCAGUGCUCUCCUCCUCAAAAGCUCUUGAGGAGGACAUCCUGAACACCGGUCUCCUAGAGGAAGAUCCUCUUAGAGAGGUCCUCGAUGUAGUGGUCGAAAACACAUGGUCCCUCAAGCUCCAACAACUGCUCGAAGCCACGGCACCAGCUUCACGGCUACAGUCGGCGCCAACUGGGAAGCUGCCAGAAGCUGACUUAGUGAUCGCUUUCUUCGGCAUCCUGAAUGGUCUUGGUGAUCUGGAUAAUGUGGCUGAAACAAUGGCUUCAAACUGCAAGGAACACGGAUUUGUUCUUCUCUCGCAUCGCACAGCGCUGACUGCUGCUGAGGUGCUCCUGUCGAAAGUGAGUGGUGUUCCGUUUCGAGUUUACUCUGUGGACACGAUGACUGCUGCUUUCAGAGGCCGCGGAUUUAAGUUGGUUGCACUCAAGUCGAACAACCUGUCGACGCUGCUGCUGUUAAGGAAAGUUACAGUAACCAUGGACGUCAUGAAGCAGGCAAUGGUAAGCGUGCGAAACAAGCAGCUUAGAUGGACUGAGUCGCUCAAGGAAAAAGUCGCUGAAUAUGACAACAAGCCUAUGGGACAAAAUAUUUGGCUACUCGCUGAAGAUUCCGGUCAGAGUGGCAUCCUGGGCUUAACCAACUGCCUUCGGAAAGAGAAUAUUGGUCAGCAUAUUCGAUGCGUAUUUGACGCCAGCUUGGAGGGUUUAAACAGCGUAGACGACUUCAGCCCUGCCAACCCGGCCUACAAACACAUAGUAGAGAAAGACUUGGUAAUGAACGUCCACCGCGAUGGCCAAUGGGGAUCCUACCGGCACAGAGCUGUGCAGUGGAGUGAGAAGGCGAAAACAAGCACGCACUUCGCUUACCUUCAAGUCAAGAACCGAGGAGACCUCUCGAGUCUGCAGUGGUACGAGUCUCCGUUAGGCUAUCUCUCACCUUGUGAUAAGGUGGGCUCUGAGGGAGCGUACGUGGACGUUUACUACGCUUCCAUCAACUUCCGCGAUGUCAUGCUGGCCAGCGGAAAAGUGAACUUGGACACUUCACGCGGUGACAAUGUCACAGGGGAGGCCUUCCCCGGCAUGGAGUAUUCAGGCCGCGACUGGAACGGAAGACGUGUAAUGGGAAUCGUCAAGGGCCAGUCCAUAGCGAGUGUCCUCGCUGCUGACCAGGCCGUGAUGUGGGAAAUUCCAGAAUCUUGGACUAUGGAAGAAGCUGCUACCGUGCCAAUGGCAUACUCGACCGCCUACUAUGGACUGGUGGUACGCGCCGGCGUUCAACCGGGAGAGUCGGUCCUCAUACACAGCGGCAGUGGGGGCGUCGGACAGGCUGCCAUCUCCAUCGCCCUUUCCAUGGGUUGCAAAAUCUUCACCACAGUAGGAUCUCAUGAAAAGAGAGAGUUUCUCAAGCGACGGUUUCCAGCGUUACAAGACAGAAACAUUGCUAACUCACGAGACCAGUCCUUCGAAGAACACGUCAUGCGCGAAACUGAAGGCCGGGGUGUGGAUCUGGUGCUCAAUUCGUUGUCCAACGAGAAGUUGCAGGCCAGCGUACGCUGCUUGGCAACUCACGGUCGCUUCGUGGAGAUUGGCAAGUUCGACAUCUUGGAGAACAAGAAUCUGGGGAUGUCAGUAUUUCUGCAGAACGUCAACUUCCACGGGGUCAUGUUGGACAGCCUGUGGGGCGAUGACUUCACUGCUUUAGCUCACAAGCGCCGCAUCAACGCGCUACUCGCCGAAGGAAUCAAGUCUGGCGUGGUUCAGCCUCUGAAUGUCUUCAAGUUCACCCGAGAACAGACUGAACAAGCGUUUCGUUUUAUAGCCUCCGGAAAGCACAUAGGCAAAGUUGUGAUACAGAUGCGACCUGAAGAGAGCGUGCCUGUGACGCGUGCUCCUCCGCUGACGCUAGAAGCAGUGGCGCGUCCCCACUUCUACCGGCACAAGUCCUACGUCAUCGUCGGUGGCCUGGGUGGCUUUGGUCUCGAGCUCGCACAGUGGAUGGUGAUACGCGGAUGUCGCAACCUGCUCCUGAUCUCCAGGAGUGGCGUUCGUACGGGGUACCAGAGGCUUUGCCUGAAGCGCUGGAGCGAACUGGGCGCCACAGUGCUUGUCAGCAGUGAUGAUGUGUGCACGGAAGAGGGUGCACGCAAGAUUAUCGAGACUGCGACAACCUUGGGUCCCGUGGGCGGAAUUUUCAACUUGGCUGUGGUUCUCCGCGACGCUGUGAUCGAGAACCAGACAGCGGAGAUGUACGCGGAGGUCUGCAAGCCCAAAGUGCUGGGCACUCAGUGCCUCGAUGAGGUGUCACGAAAGAACUGUUCCGAGCUCGACCACUUCGUCGUCUUCUCCUCUUUCUCUUGUGGUCGUGGUCAAGUUGGUCACACGAACUACGGCUUUGCCAACUCCGUCAUGGAACGUCUGUGCGAGCGACGGGUCGCCGACGGACUUCCCGGGUUGGCCAUUCAGUGGGGUCCUAUCGGAGAAGUCGGCGUAUUCCACGAGACCAUGGGCACGGACGCGGAAUUUUAUGGUCUUCUGCCACAGCCAAUAAAUUCUUGCAUGGCGGUGAUGGACUACUUUCUAAGCCAAAAGCAGCCAGUCGUCUCGUGCUUUGUCAAGAGCAGCCAGUCAUCGACGCCGGACAGCAAGGAUAAGCGGGAUCUUGUUGAGAGCGUGGUCCACAUACUUGGCGUCAAAGAUCCGUCGAAGAUGAACCCUUCCGUCAGCCUCGGAGAACUCGGCAUUGACUCCUUGAUGAGCAUCGAGGUGAAGCAACUUCUUGAGCGAGACUGCGACGUGUCCCUGUCCAUGCAAGAAAUUCGGCAGCUGACUGUUGGUCAGCUGUCGGACUUCUCGUUAGUCAGCUGCCGGAGUCAGCCGCCUGAAACUGAAGCUUCGGCUGAAACAGGACAAGGUAUGAACUCGACGGGAUACAGAUGGGUGUAA